UUCCGCCGUGACGUAUUUUAGCGAGUAGUAAAUGGCGGUCGUGAACAGGGUGGACUGUAAACAUUUCCACGGUCAUAACUGUAACUGUCUAAUUAUCAUCAAAAACAUGUACUGGGCUGUGUCGAACAUGCAGCGUAGUGACAAGAUGUUUAUUUUCAACUUUCAGGUCGGUUCAUGUGCCGCGCUGUCAAAUAAGUCACUGCCAAGACGAAAACCAAGCACACGUUUAACUAAUGGAGAACGAAGACGGCCCAGGAGAAAAGGAGCCGGAGCCUGAAGAGGCUCAGCUCCGUCUGAAAGUUGAGUCUCUGAAGCAAGAGCUGAAAGAGUGCAGGGCCGAGCUGUCCAAGCUACAGAAGCAACUGAGCCAGUCUGAGAGACUCCAGCGGAGCACCGAGACCUACAACGAAGACCUGAGGAAACAGGUUGACCAGCUGAGUGCAGAGAUUCACGAACGGAAGAAGAAAGACAAAGAAAGAGUCAGCACUGAAACUCAGACAGAGGAAUACGUGUGGACGGAAAAUGAUUAUUACAAUUACUACUAUGGAGGCUACUGUCAGAACCCAGAGGAGGCAGAAACUCAGGAGCACGUGGACGUAGCGGUGGAAGCUGCUGACUGCAGCGAGGCAGCAGAAGUUUCAACACCAAAUGAAGCAGCAGCUGCAGACGUGCCGGCUCAACCAGACGGCAGUGUCGCAGUCACAACAGAGGAAGGUGAUCCAGCGUCCAUAGCUGAUUUGUUGAGGGCCACCGCUGAAGAGGCUAUGACACAAACUGGCUUCGUCUUUGAUGAGAAUACUGGGAUGUAUUACGACCACAGCACGGGCUUCUACUAUGACUCGGCCAGUCAGUUAUACUACGAUGCCAACACUGGCAUUUAUUACUACUACGACGCAGAGAGUGGGAAAUACCAGUUUCAUUCUAGGAUCGAGGUUCCGGCUGCACAGACUAGUGCUGAGACUUGCCAAGAAAACAAUGCUGCUGACAAGAAAGCCAGAAAAGUGAAGAAAUGGGUCAAGAAAACUCACCAGGAUGACAGGGAACCCCAAUUCGAUGAUGUAAAGUUGGAAGAAGAACAAACUGAGUGGGUAGAACGGCAAACAGCUAAGAAGAACGCAGAAUCGCGAAAGUCAAAUCGAAGGUCUCGCAGUCCAGACGUGGCUCGGCGUAAAAAAGACUCUAAACGUCGGGAGGACCGAGACAAAUCCUCGCCAAAGAAGAAAAGGCAGAAGAAUGGUUCUCACCAUGACGAUAAGGGAAGGUCGAGGAAGAAACGGAAGAAAUCCAAGUCAGAAAAGCCCAAAAAGAAAAAGAAAACAUCUCAGAGCGAUGAGUCGGAGGGGAACAGUGAACCAGAGGAGGGGGAGAUCACAGAGUCGGAUAAAGAAGAGUCUACACCUUCGUUCUCAUCGUCUUCGAGCUCUCCCUCUGAAGAUGGUCUAGAGUUAGAAAUGGAAACACAGCACGAAGAAGCUAAAGAUAUUUGGCCUCCCUGUGUGAGAGUGACUGUAGUCAGGUCUCCGGUGCUGCAGGUGGGCACUCUGUUCAUCAUCACGGCCGACUCUCUAGCCACAAUCGGCAGAGAGAAAGAUAUGGACCACGCAAUCCGAAUACCGGAAAUGGGAGUCAGCAAGUUCCACGCAGAGGUGUACUUUGAGCAGGAGCUGCAGAGCUACGUGCUGGUGGACCAGGGCAGCCAGAACGGAACCGUCAUCAACGGCAACCGAAUCCUGCAGCCCAAAACCAAGUGUGAUCCACACGCGCUGAUGCACGGCGACGAGGUGAAGAUGGGAGAGACUGUGCUGUCCUUCCACAUCCAUUCAGGGACCGACACCUGUGACGGCUGCGAGCCCGGUCAGGUGAUGGCUCACCUCAGCAAGCACAAGAGGGAGGACAGGACUGGUCCCACCCUCACCAAGGAGGACAAAGAGUCACUGAGACAGAAAGAGCUGAAGCAGAUGAAAGCCAAAUACGGCCUCCAAGUGAGUGUUAAAGAGGCAGCAGCUUCAACGCUAGUUUUUGUCGUGCAUUCGGUCAUUUCGGUGCAUUUCUCUAUGCAGAGCAACGAGGAGACCAAAGCCACGAAGAACUCUAAAUACAAGGACCGAGCCGAGUCUCGGCGUCAGACCGUGGGCAGUGAAGGUGUUUUCCAACGAGAUGAUGCACCGGCUUCUGUUCACGAGGAGAUCAGUGAAGUCAAUAAAGGACGGAAGAUGCUGGAGAAGAUGGGAUGGAAGAAAGGAGAGGGACUGGGUAAAGAGGGAACAGGAAUGAAAAACCCGAUUCAGCUGAAAAUCAGAAAGGCUCAGUCGGGUUUGGGGGCAGGUGCCGCCAUGUCUCUCGACGAAGCGUCGCUGACCAAAUCGAGGUCCCAGAAGAACUGGGAGAAAGCGCGCGAGAGGUUCGCCGACUCGUGCCAGCCGGACACGCCGCCAGCCAAAACACAGACGAGCCAGCCACCUAAAGCCUGGGUCAGAUCAGAAGAGACGGACGCCACGAAACAAACGAGCUCUGAAACGAGCGGACAAAGUUAGGAGCUUAAAAGUGAGAGCUUAACGCACCGGCAUCAGCGCAAGGAGCCUCAUUAUCUCCUCGGAGAGGAAACACCUUUGAAGUCUGCAGCAGCCGGUUCAGUCUGACCUGAUUUCCUCUCGUACCUCUUAGUUAUGAAGAGACCAUAAUAUGUGACCGUGAUAACAAACCGUGACCGGUAACAAAUCCUCUCGUCUGCGUUUAUUCUAGAAAAACUCACAAGAAAACAACUGAACUGCAGCGACGGUGCAGAGCUUCCACCGUGGCCUCCAUGUACAAAGAGGACAUAAUUCGCCUCUAGCAAAUAUUGACACGGUGGAGCUAUAUUUCUCACAAUGAGAUCAUGCUGUAAUGAAACAACUGUGGAUCUGUUCAGGCAACACCAUAACCGAUCGUGUUAAACCAGUCCCUGAUGUACAAAAACAUGUUUUGUUUUGUUUUUUUGUUAUUUUUUAAAAAAAGAAAGUGGCACAUUAAACUUGUUCAACUUACUGUA